AUGGACCCGCCCCCUUGCCUCGAACCAAUUGGAACUGAAAAUACAAUAAUUACGUCCAUAUUCUUGAUGGAUCCGUCCACAGUAAAAAAAUGUAAAAACAAUCCAACUAAAGACGAUCCCAACACUAUAACAAUGCCCAGAGAAAAGAACAGUCAAACUUGCAAUGAUAUUUGCCUAAACCAAUUUUGGUCCAAAACAAUUGAAGAAAUUAAAAAUAUUGGAACAAUAAACUUUAAAACACAAGCAUUUCCACUAAGCAGGAUAAAAAGAGUGAUGAAAUUAGAUGAUAAUGUGGAUAGGGUCAAUUUAGAAUCUACAAUAAUACUUUCGAAAGCAGUAGAAAUAUUUACCAAGGAAUUAAAUCUUUUCGGGUGGAUUCAUGCCAAAAACCAACGGCGACGAACAUUAAUGAAAAAUGAUAUUAGUAUGGCAGUUUCCAUGUAUAAUCAAUUUGAUUUUCUUACUGACAUAGUGCCUAGAGUAGAAGCAACAAAAAAAAAUAAUAAAAGAGAAGUUAAGACUUCAAAAAAUUCUAAACAAGUUCAGCAUUAUUUUAAUAAUGCUAAACAACUACUAAGAAAUAAUGCAUCAGCGUCUAGUAUUGGACAAAUAAUACAAACUGUACAACCAAUAAACAAUCAAGUAGUACCUUUAGACUAUGGUAUCCAAAAUCAAAUUUCAAGUAUCACAUCAAACAUUUUUACAACAAGUACUUUAACAAUUGCAAUAGAUGGUCAAAUCAAACUUAUACCGUUACAAUGCAAUAUGCAGAUGUCGACUAACUUAUAUAAUUUGCAAACACUUCAAAUACAAAAUAAAAAUUCUCUUCAACCACAACAAAUUCAAAUGGUUUAUUUGCAACCUCAAAUCAUACAAAUGACCUCACUAGCUAAUGAAUCUACACCAGCAUACAUAUUUCAACCAAACAAUUUCUUAGUUCUGAAUAAAUGA